CUGGGGACCGGGACUGGGGAGGCUCAGGCUGGAGGGCUUCUCGUCCGCGGCGGGGGCAGCGAGCGUGCCAGUGACCGUGACCGUGACCAUGACGUCCCUACAGCUGCUCAGAGCCCCCUUGUUGUGUGGGCUGCUCUGGGCCGUUUGCACCCCAGGCGCCAGGGCCGAGGAGCCGGCAGCCAGUGUCUCUCAUUCGGGCAGUGUGGGUCUGGAUAAGAACACGGUGCAUGACCAAGAGCAUAUCCUGGAACAUCUAGAAGGUGUCAUCAACAAGCCAGAGGCAGAGAUGUCACCCCAGGAACUGCAGCUGCACUAUUUCAAAAUGCAUGAUUAUGAUGGCAACGGCUUGCUCGAUGGCCUAGAACUCUCCACUGCCAUCACACAUGUCCACAAGGAGGAAGGGAACGAACAGGCACCACUAAUGAGUGAAGAUGAACUGAUUAACAUAAUCGAUGGCGUUUUGCGAGAUGAUGACAAGAACAACGACGGAUACAUCGACUACGCGGAAUUUGCCAAAUCCCUGCAGUAGUAGGCUCUCGGGCUGCCUGCUGGUUUCGUGCAAAUGUGACCUGAGAAAAUGUGAUUGAACACUCUCCCUAAUGCAGAAUAACUCGCUGUUGUAGCAUUUUUGGUAAAAACUGAGAGCAAUUUGUCAUUCUUGGGUAGGAAGAGAACUCAAGAAUUUUAAGAGAAGCAAAAUGGCAUGUUUUCUAAUCCCUCAGUGUUCUUAAAAUUGCUGAUUGGAUGUGGGCACAAUUAUAGAAUUCUUGUAAGAGUACUGUAACUGGAGCCAAGAACUGCCAGUGUCUCGAUUUUAAUAUAUGCUGCCCAAAAAGUAAGACAACAGGCCAAGUGGCCACACUCUGAAUGACCAGAGUGGAACACAGCCAAUGCCAAAUGUCCCCAGCGGGUCGUGCCUCUUCAGGUCCACAGUGUCUGUCCCUCGGACCUGCUAGAGUGCUGGUGCUGGAGGAACAGGUAUUUGCUAUGUCAAAGCCACCACCUGAGAGGAAUGUUAAAUAUUGCUUGGAGCUGGUCGUGGGGUCUAAGAUUGUGUAGCCCCUGGCAUUCUGGAGAUGCCCCCCCAGCAGCUCAAGCAAUGAACCUGCCCUGGAUUUUCAGUGUUGUGUACAACUACUGCCCUACCCCUCUGCUCUUCUGUCUUUAGCCUGGGAGAGACUUGAAUGUAAGCGCUCUCUCACCAGCAGCCACUGUUUCCACCUUAUGAAUCUUUGUGCUCCACUCUCGUCUCCAGGGUUUGAUAUUUGCAGCUGAGAAGAACCAGUAAGAUACCCAGAGGGAUAAAAAAUGCUAGCUGACCGACCCCAGACAGGGUAUAACAGACCUACCACCCAAUCCAGGUCCUGAAUAGAAGGGAUGUUGUAUGAAUUAUCUCUGCUAGCCGGAAGACAUGAAUUCCUUCCAAUCAGAAAAGAUGAGAAAAUCGAGCAUGCAAAUGUGCCACCAGUGUGCGGCUUAGCAGUGUUGGAGGAGUGGCAGUGGAUUGUCUUUGCUGAACACAGCAGACAUGCUAGAGUGGAAAGCCCAAAGGGAUGGUUGAGUGGAAGAAACAGCGUGGAAUGAGCUAUGAGAUGCAUAGAGACUUAUUUUCCUUACUAAAAUAUUCUUAUAAAGAAACCUAUGUAUUUGUAAAAAAGAGUUUCCUGUGUCAAGUAUUUGUGCAAUCAAAGCUGACUUAUAAACUAUUCUUGUACUAUCUGGUUAUUUUAAAAAGAUUUAUAUAAUGAAUACUGGAUACAUGAU